UAUUCCUUGAAAGUAAAGUCAUUUCGAUGCUGAUUUUAGGACACAUCUAAAUUAAAAUUCUUUGCAUGGAGGGUUACAACCAUUCGCAAGAGCCCCUGAGUCUGAGGGAAGAGUUUCGUUGUAAACGUUUUGGUCUAAGUCACGAUUCCCCCUUCAACUUUCUGCGCUCCCAAUGGCAGUCAAAGCCUAAAUCGCGCUGCUUCCUGGUUUACCGCUGCCUGUUGGGCUCCGUUUUUGGAACCGGAGUUAUUACUUAUACAGUGACAUACUUUCAGCAUGGUCAUUGUUUCAUCUACCUGACGAAUUGGUCCUUUUACAUGUGCGGCAUUACCAGUGUUUAUGCUGCUAUACUGCAGAUAGUAUAUCACUUCAAGAAGGAAUCGUGGGUUCCCCCCAGUAGUCUGAUCAAGUGCUACUGGGCCUGCUUCUGGAUUACCCUGUGCGCAGAACAUUUGGUGGCGAUUACUUAUUGGACAUUGAUAUAUCCUAGCGACCGGGUACCCACCAAUCCAACGUAUGUCUCCGAUCUUUUUAACAUCUGGACCCAUGCUGUCCCACCUAUCGUCUUCACAGUCGAUAAUUUCGUGGUGGCCCAGCCAGCCAGGCUUAUGCACUUUGUCUACCCAGUAGGCUUUGGCUUGAUCUACCUAGGAUUCACGUUCAUCUUUUACCGCGCAGGAGGUCGAGACUUGAGGGGACGUAGCUUUAUAUAUCCAUUCCUGGACUACUCUAAGCCAGCAAAAAUUGCUCUAUUCACAGCUGCGGGUGCAAUUGCGCUAACUGCUUUUUCCGGCCUCCAGUAUGGAGUGUAUCGGCUAAGGACAUGCCUGGCGCACAAGUUUGGCAAACUUAUCUUGGACACAAGCUAAUCGAAAAAAGAUAAAUAUUGACAUUUUAAAUGGAACAAGAAAUUUAGAAAAAGGACAACGAGAAGGAAUUUAAAGGUAUACUUUAUCUGGAACCGCUGGAACUUGGAAAAUUAACUCUGGAACUCUGAUGUCCAAUUAUAAUAUUUUUUACAAAUAUAUUACCUUAAAAAUA